AGUGCACUUAGUGAAGGAAAUGGUCUUGGGAGUUCUACACGAUGUUGUGAGAGUGACUUCGACCCAUUUGGGGCAGGACAUGGAUGCAGCAGCAUAUCUUCUGGACUUGUUCUGCUAUUAUUUUCACCCAGGCAUGGCAGUUGCACGAGACCUUAAAGGAAAAAGAGACCGCAUAGUUGCAGUCAUCAGCAAUGAAACAACCAUGGCUGGUCAGGUUUAUGAGGCGAUGAGUAAUGCUGGUUAUUUGGAUUCAAAUUUGGUUGUGAUAUUGAAUGAUAGUCGUCACACGUUACAGCCAAAGCUCGAGCAAACACCGAAAACAUCAGUUAAUGCUUUAUCUAGUACUCUGAGCAAGUUGCAGUCAAGUAAAAUUUUCAGGAGAUUUAGAGAAAUUGCUAAGGUAUUCUUCACCCUAUCCUAUAGAAAAUAUGUUCAUUGGAUGUUCAUUUCUAAACCAGAAAUUCUUGAUUUACUUUUUCUUUGACAAAUUUGAUGAUGCAAGCAACCAAAAUUAAAUUAUCAGUUGGCAUUAAUAAACCAAAGUUUGGGAAUAUAGCCCAAAAAGGAUUGGAUGCAAAUAGUGAUAUAAUUUAAUUUGAUUUUGAAGAUACAACAAUCUUUUGAAGUACAGUACGAUGUUUCAGAACCAAAUUUUAGUUCAUUAUCUGUAUACUGCACUUAAGGAUGAAUUAUGAAAUCUGUGGAACUCUUAAGUUCAAAAUGGUUAUAAUGAUUUUAGUAAUUUUACUUAAGAUAUUAGUGAUCAGAUUCUCAAAUUUCCUGUCCUGCGUAAUCUAUCAUGAAUACUAGUG